AUGAAGACACCGAGCUUUCUAGUUGCGCUUGCUGCCCCCGGGCUCAUGGCCUCUCCCCUCGCCGCGGAAAAGGCAACGGCAACAGAACUGGUCACUACGCCGACUUCGACCCCCAAGGCAGAGGCUUACAACUGGUCUGAUGGUUGGGAGCAGUCGUUCCCCAUCCACUCGUCCUGCAACAGCACGUUACGCGCGCAGCUUCAGACCGGCCUCGACGACGCUGUGCAGCUGGCCCAGCAUGCUAGAAACCACAUUCUGCGUUUCGGAAGCAAGUCGGAAUUUGUGCAGAAAUACUUUGGCAACGGCUCCCUCGCGGAGCCCAUUGGCUGGUAUGAUCGUGUUGUCGCGGCAGACAAGGCCGCCAUGACCUUUCGGUGCGAUGAUCCCGACAAGAAUUGCGCGUCGAAACCAACUUGGGGAGGCCAUUGGCGAGGAUCAAAUGCUACGGAAGAAACUGUCAUCUGCCCCCUGUCAUUCCAGAUCCGACGCCCACUCGCAUCGGUUUGCAACCUUGGCUAUACUGUCGCGGGAUCUCCUCUAAACACGAUUUGGGCCGUCGACCUCCUGCAUCGAAUGUUUCACGUCCCGACAAUCAAUGUUAAUACAGUGGAUCAUUUUGCGGACGAUUACAAUGGCAUUCUGGCGUUGGCAAAAAAGGACCCAUCCAAGAGUGCCAAAGAUAGCAACGUGCUCCAGUAUUUUGCCAUUGAUGUUUGGGCGUACGAUGUCGCAGCCCCCGGAGUUGGAUGCACUGGCAAGCCUGCGGAGAAGUCAAAGGCUUAA